AUGCGCAUCGAAUGCUUCCUGCCAAUCGUGGCCGUUACCGUUACAAGUAACGUCUCAGAUGUCGACAGUGAUCUAGCAUUACAGCAAGACGUCGUAAUUGCAAGUGAUGUAUCGGAGAUGAUUAUAAACAGCCGCAACGAUUACUCACGCCGAUGCCCUGUUGGGCCAUGGAUUUUUUCCUUCCGUUCAGCUAAGGGGAUCGACAGUUGGUGUGCAAUCGAAAACGUUCGCUCGUUCGCAACUGACGCGACUUGUGAAGAAGAGGACGAUACGACCUUAAGGGAGAAAACCGGAAACUGGACCUCGACACCCGGACGGCGAAACUAUCAACCACCAGCUGUCGAGCGACGAAACUUGCCUGACGAUCGCGUGGGGAAAAAUUCGUCUGAUCGUCUCCCACUGGUUUCGGCGGCGACGGCAAUGAACUUUCUUGUAAAAGGAUAA